UCACGGUUCCCGGACAUUAGACGACCACGAGGCCCCCGAGGGAUUGGUUUUGGAUGAGGCGCGCCAAAGCCUCUCUGCAGCUACCAACCCGCGUCCAUGGCAUUACCUUUGUCGUCCCUUUGCAUCUCUCCCAAAGACUCCGCCAAUGUCAGUAUUACAUUAUCAUCGCGAAAACACGCUUUCCCACCAACACAUUCCCCCUAUCGUUUGAAUCCAACGCGAAGAAAUGACGAAACAAAAUCAAAUGGGCUCAGAACCCGCUGCAUUUCACCCAAAAACCAGUCCUUGGUUGGUCCUUUUUACUUGAAUUUAUAUUAUAGCAAUUGCCCAUGUUUUAGCAGUCGGAAAAUAAAUGAAAUUUAUAAUUUUCGUGGUUUGUGUUUCUGUGGUGUUUCUCUCUCUUUGCUGGGAUCUUUUGCGGGUUCUUGAGAAAAUUAUUUAUUCUAGAGAAAAUUAAUUGUUUGCGUUGUUUUUACGGUGCCUUGAGAAAAUUAAGAACUUAACUGAACAAAGCUGAAUGGUGUAUUGGGUCUCAAGCAGUGGAAAAUUUUAUGAUGCAAUAAUGUGCUUCCCCACUCCCAAACCCCAGCGUAUUCCCAGCCACUAGAGUCAUGCAGGACUCUACAAAGUGGUAUGAUUUUCCUACCACUUCAUACAUGUCGACAUUGGAUUGCAGAAUGAAGAAAGUUGAGCGUCUGAUUGCUAUGAUUCUUAUUGUUGUUCAAAUAUCGUUUCCAAUACCUUUGGUCGAUUUGGAUUCUUGGUCAACUUUUAUGGCAAAGGCAGUGCUGUACUCUCCAGACACCAAAGUUCCAAGAACGGGAGAAUUGGCUUUACGUAGGGCUAUCCCUGGAAACACAAAUAUGAAAGCUAUACAGGGAUCUUUGGAGGACAUUGCAUACCUGCUAAGAAUUCCACAGAGAAAACCCUAUGGAACUAUGGAGGGUAAUGUGAAGAAAGCUUUAAAGAUUGCAAUGGAUGAAAAGGAAUCCAUUUUGGCAAGUAUACCUGCAGACCUGAAGGAAAAGGGUUCCAUCUUGUACACAUCUCUUAUAGAAGGAAAGGGUGGAUUGCAAGCCCUUCUCGAAUGCAUAAAGGACAAUGACCCGGAUAAAGUAUCAAUAGGCCUGGCAUCUUCUCUGGAAACUGUUGCAGAGCUAGAGUUGUUACAGGCUCCUGGAUUGUCAUUUUUAUUGCCUAAGCAAUACUUUUCAUAUCCAAGGCUAACGGGGAGAGGAACUGUUGAAUUUACCAUCGCAAAAAGAGAUGGUUCAACAUUUUCUCCUGAAGCUGGUGGCGAAAGCAGAAACACUGCCACAAUUAAGGUUGUUCUAGAUGGAUAUUCAGCUCCGUUAACAGCCGGAAAUUUCGUAAAACUGGUGAUUGAUGGUGCAUACAAUGGGGCAAAGCUUAAUUGUACCAACCAAGCUGUUAUCUCUGAUACUGGGUUUGAUAAAAGUAGUGGUUAUAGUGUUCCCCUCGAAAUAAAGCCAUCAGGGCAAUUUGAGCCACUGUACAGAACAACCUUGAGUGUGCAGGAUGGGGAGUUGCCAGUGCUUCCACUAUCUGUUUAUGGAGCAGUUGCUAUGGCACACAGUGAAGUCUCUGAGGAGUACUCAUCACCAUAUCAAUUUUUCUUCUAUUUGUAUGAUAAAAGAAAUGCAGGCUUAGGAGGACUAUCAUUUGAUGAAGGUCAAUUUUCUGUUUUUGGAUACACUACUGUCGGGAGAGAUAUUCUUCCACAAAUUAAAACGGGAGAUGUGAUUCAAUCUGCCAAGCUUGUGGAAGGUCAAGAUCGCCUUUUAUUGCCAUCUGAGAAUUGAUCUGCUCUUGUUCCCCUUCAGUCCCUUACACCCCUCUUUCAAAAAUUGUUGCUUUCUUGGCAGCGUCAGCCUGAUUUUCCUGGAGCAGGCUGUGUUUCAAGCCUCUUGUUCGUCUGUUAAUAAUGUAACUCUGGUUGCAUUUGAAAUUAAUGUGUCUGAAAUGAGACUUUACGCUGACCAAGAAUUGGAAAUUUUCCUCACUGUAUGAUGUAUUUUACAGCCAUUGACAAUGAAUUUCUCUUGCAGCUUGAGAAA